AUGGCCUCCACCGAUACCGACUCAUCCAGCCAACUCUGGCAACAUCCAAACCCCAAAGACACCAAACUCUACGACUUCCUCCAGACCGUGAACAGAAAGCACGACAAGAAAUUCAGCACAUACCAUGAACUUUACCAAUGGAGCAUCGACAAUGUCGCCGAUGCGUGGGGAGAGAUAUGGGAGUAUGUGGGCAUAAGGCAUUCCCAACCUUACAAAAGCGUGGUUACGGAUGAGAAGACCAUGUUCCCGCGUCCGACGUGGUUCGAGGGCGCGAAGCUGAACUUUGCUGAGAACUUGCUAUUUCCUACACAAGAGGUCAAGCAGGACGAUCUGGCUAUUAUCGCGGCCACAGAGGCUACAAGGGAAAAGGUGACGUGGAAGGAAUUGAGGGACAGGGUACGGCAGUGUCAAGCUGGGAUGAAAGCCGUUGGGUUGAAGGAGGGCGAUCGCGUUGCUGGAUACGUUGCGAACCAUACCAAUGCGCUGGUGGCUAUGCUGGCCGCGACGUCGCUUGGAGCGAUCUGGACGGCUGUGAGUCCGGAUACCGGGGUUACGGCGGUGUUAGAUCGUAUGGUACAGAUUGAGCCUACGUUGCUGUUUACGGAUAAUGCGGUCAUGUACAACGGGAAGACGCAUCCUGUUCUCCCGAAGGUGGAGGAGAUUGUGAGGGAAUUGCCGACCUUGAAGGCUACGGUCGUAUUUCGAACGGCGGAGGGGAUGGAGAGUAAGAUUGAGGGUGCGUCAAAUGGGAAGGUGGUCAGCUACGACGAGUUCACGAGCCAUGGAACGGGUGGUGAGUUGGAAUUCAAGCAACUGGAUCCAGACCACCCGGUCUACAUCCUCUACAGCAGUGGCACCACCGGCGCUCCGAAGUGCAUAGUCCACGGUGCAAUCGGGACGCUAAUACAGCAUAAGAAAGAGCACAUCCUCCAAAGCGACAUCUACCCUGGUGACCGACUAAUGUACUUCACCACUUGCACGUGGAUGAUGUGGCACUGGCUUGUCUCCGGUCUCGCAUCCGGCGCCACCCUCAUCCUCUACGACGGCUCGCCCUUCCAGUACCUCUCCAACGGCCAAUCCGUCAAAGACCAAUACGCCAUGCCCAAACUCAUCGACGAGCUAGGCAUAAACCAGUUCGGCACGAGCGCAAAAUUCCUCUCUGUCCUCGAACAGAACAGCAUCAUGCCUAAAGAACAAGGCCUCACACUCAAACCCCUCAAGGCGAUAUACUCAACCGGCUCACCUCUAGCACCAUCGACUUUCCAAUACGUCUACAAAGCAUUCGGGCAAAUAAACCUCGGCUCCAUCACCGGUGGUACAGACAUCAUAUCCCUCUUCGGCGCCCCUUGUCCUCUACAUCCAGUCUACGUCGGCGAGAUCCAAGUUCUCGGCUUAGGAAUGGCGGUCAAAGCAUGGGACUUCGAGGGCAAAGACGUCAGCAGCACGGGCGAGCCGGGCGAGCUAAUUUGCACGAAGCCUUUCCCGUGCCAGCCGGUAAUGUUCUGGGGUAAGGAGGGUGCGAAGAAGUAUAAGAGUUCUUACUUUGAGCAGUUUCCUGGUGUAUGGGCACACGGAGACUUCGUCCGGUUCAAUCCGGAGACGGGCGGAUUGUUUAUGCUUGGGCGGUCAGAUGGGGUGCUGAAGCCGAGUGGGGUGCGGUUUGGGAGUGCAGAGAUAUAUAAUUUGGUGCUCAAGCAUUUUCCGGAUGCUGUGGAGGAUAGUCUGUGUAUUGGACGACGGCGGGAGGAGGAUACGGAUGAGACGGUUGUGCUGUUCUUAAAGAUGAAGGACGGGGAGAAAUUUGAUGAGAAGUUGGCCGGGGAUAUCAAGGCGGUCGUGAGGAAGGAGCUGUCCGCGAGACAUGUGCCUGGGAUUGUGGAUGAGUGUCCGGAGAUACCCGUGACUUCGAACGGAAAGAAGGUUGAGGGCGCGGUCAAGCAGAUCUUGUCUGGGACGAACGUCAAGACGAGUGCUAGUGUGGUGAAUGCGGGCUGCUUGGACUGGUAUCGAGGGUGGGCGAAGAACCACUGA